AUGAAUUCAAUUCCAAAAUUUGUUCUUAAUAAUGGAAUUACGAUUCCUGCUCUAGGCUUGGGUACAUAUCGUAUAGUAGAUCCCGAAACAGUGGAAUUCGUCGUAAAAAAUGCUGUGUCAUCAGGUUACAGGCUAAUUGACUCAGCAAUUGGGUACAAGAAUGAAGAAACUAUAGGAAAAGUUGUUAAUGAAUUAAUCAAAAAUACUUCAUUGAAUUUAAAACGAAAAGAUUUCUUUAUUACAAGCAAACUUCCUCCAAAAGAUCAAGGAUAUGAUAAUUGUUAUCAAGCAUUAAUAUCAUCUUUACAACGAUUUAACAUGGAUUACCUAGAUUUGUUUUUAAUUCAUUGGCCUGGAACUCAAAAACUAAAACCUUCGGAUCCACAAAACGCCAUAAAUCGUAAAGCUAGUUACAAAGCUCUUGAAGAUCUUUAUAAUUCUGGAAAAAUUCGAGCCAUUGGAGUGAGCAAUUACACUCAUCGUCAUUUAACUGAUUUAUUAUCCCAUUGUACCAUUAUUCCAGCAGUUUUACAAGUUGAAUUACAUCCAUUAUAUUAUCAAAAAGAAUUAAUUGAUUUAUGUCGAAAACAUAAUAUUUUAGUUCAGGCGUAUUCAAGUUUAGGAGAAGGUAAAUUAGUUAAUGGAGAAGUUGAAAUACCAGUGAUCAAGGACAUUGCAACGAAAAAUAGGGUUAGUGUAGCACAGCUUCUGUUGAGAUGGGGACAUCAACAUGGGUUUAUUGUUAUACCUAAAUCUACUAAUGCGAAAAGAAUUAAAGAAAAUAUAAAUAUUUUUAACUUUGAAUUAUCAAAUGAGGAUAUGGAAGCUUUGGAUUCACUUGGAAAAUCACAAACAAAAUUCUGUUGGGAUCCUACUGAUAUAUAUUAA